UAGAAGCGGACAGGGAGGUGAUUAAAGCACAGAGACAACCUUUGGCCCACGCAGCAGACGCUCGGUUUUUUGAGGUGACACAGAUUCUUAAAAAGAGUCCACCCAGUCUGCCACAAUGCUGCACCCUUUAAUCAUCGGCAUCAUGACCGUCAACACCUCUCUAACCGUCGUUUAUUGGGCCUUCCUCCUGAGCGAUGCAUACUUCAGUUGGCUGAUGGAGCCAGAAGACAAACCCAAGAAGGUGGUCACCCCGGCCUGAGAGUCACAGCCGAUAUGGACUGACUGAAAGACGGGGCUUUUUUUGUUUUUGUUUGCUUAGGACUAGUUAGAACAAGUAGUUCAGCUUGUAGUCCUUUCUGUGGAGGCUGAUUUUGCAAUUGAUCUGCUUCCUGUUUCACCUGGAGAAGACUUGGAAACCCUCCUCUUAACAAAAUUUUUUCACUGAACUGAAUGGAUCCUGCAAGUGAAUGAGAAAGGAGUCAUUCUUAAGACCCGACUGUGUAGGACACGUGCUAAUUUGGAAGUCCUUUCAUUCACAAGCCAAAGAGAAGAACUGAGGGGCCGUUACAGGUCUUAAUAACAAGUUUUCACAGUGACGUUAAGGAGCUUGGAUCUGCAACAAGGCAAUAACCCACCCAAAAAAACAGCCAAAAAGGUUUCACCACCAUCCUUGAGCAGACCAUCAUAUACAGACAGUAUUAACCAAAGCCACCAAAGCAACUAUAACCAUGAACCAACAACCAGUUGUGUCCUUAAACGCCUCAGGAGGAGCUCUUCUUAUGAACCUCGCACCUGUGGGGUUUGGGCACCGACAGCUCCUCCAGCUGUCCUCCAGGAGAAGGGAGGAGGAGGCAUAUUUCGUCGACUACAUACCACCGGCGAGAGAUGCUAUAACUCUGCCGCGCAACGUAGUCUAUGUCCUAGUAGGGGUGGUGUUGGUUAUACUGGCCACUUACGCCAUAGUGGGACAUCUGAUUAAAGAUCUGAUGCAUGACCUAGCAGACUGGAUUCUUGGCCCCAAACCAGUGGAGGAUGAUUCAGAGGAAGGGAGAGCAGAAAUAGAAGAAGAGCGGCGGCUGAGCAUUUGCAGUAAGCUGAUGGAGAAAGACAUGCUGAUGAUGGAGAAGGAAAAGGACAGCCUGCUACCCGGUUUCUACUGGUUAGACGGAGGCUGCCACCGCCCAUCUACCCCUCCUCCUCCUCUGAAAAGCGCCAUGGCUUCAUCAUACCCUGGAGAAAAAAGGAUAUCUACUCAUAGUGUGACCUUCGCCAGCCCCGUGACCCCUUACGCCACUUCCCUUUGAGUUUUCACUUUGUCACAGCAGUGGUUCAGAUCAGUUUUUGUCACGUCAUAUCUCAGUGUUGUCUCAGUGUCUCAGUGUCAGUGCUGUAGUGACGCGUAAGCUAAAGCAUUUUUUUUGUUUUAUAUAAAACAUGUUGUUAUAGUUUGUACUCAUUUUGCUAAGAUUACUUAUUAAAGAUGGAUGUAAACAUGGCUUUUAUUGUCAGUCAUUCCAAAUACAGUGCUCUAUAUUGUUGUAGGCUGCAAAGAAUGUAAAUUAUGAACCAUGUAAACUUCAAAGCUGUAGAAAUACACAUUUUAUUUCAAUUGCUGACAUAUAAAUCCAAAGACUGUAUAACUUGAAAUCACUUUCCAAUUAAAAUGUUAACUUUCCUGAAGCAAGUUUAGUAAAACUACAGAUGAAUUGCAGUUUCUAUGCAUUUUUUUUCACCAACCAGUCAAACUGUCCUGUUCUGGUGUUGGACCAAGCUUCUCUCCAGUAAACAACUGAAUA